AUUAGCAGGUGCAGCACACUGAGAAUCCUUCCCUUUUUUAUUUUCUCCUAGAUCAUCUGCAUCUGUUCCUUUCUUCCUCUCCAAUCAAAUCCUUCCUUUUUCCCACCAAAUAAAAAAUAAAAAAUUUUAUUUUCUCCUUUUAAAGACAAGGAAAGAAAUAACAGAAAUUUUAAAUCCCCAUUUUCAAAAUAAAAAUGCCUUCAUUGCAGGAAGAACUGUUCCCGUCAACGCCCGGGAAGUUCAAGAUCGAGCGGUCCCACGCCAUGAACCGCCAGUUCCACCGCUGUUUCGCCUCCACCAGCACCAUGUUCUUGUGGGCGCUCUUCUUGAUCGCCCUCACGGCGUCGUAUUUGAGUUUCCAGAGUUUCGUCGAUUCCGGAAGCCGGUACUUGUCCGCCUCCUGGGGCGGCAUCCAGUGGGAGAAGCAGGUCCGCUCUUCCGCCCAGAUCCACCGAUCCGGCGGCAUGUCCGUCCUGGUUACCGGUGCCGGCGGUUUCGUCGGGUCGCACGUGUCGCUCGCGUUGAAGAAGCGUGGAGACGGCGUCGUUGGGCUCGACAACUUCAACAGCUACUACGACCCCUCGUUAAAGAAGGCCCGCAAGACCCUCCUCAGCAAUCACGGGAUCUUCGUCGUCGAAGGCGACGUCAAUGACGCGAGGCUGGUGGGCAAGCUCUUGGACGUGGUGGCUUUCACCCACGUGAUGCACUUGGCGGCUCAGGCGGGUGUGAGGUACGCCAUGGAGAACCCCCAAUCGUACGUACACAGCAACAUAGCGGCACUCGUCACGCUCCUCGAGGCCUGCAAGUCGGCGAACCCUCAGCCCGCGAUCGUCUGGGCCUCGUCCAGCUCCGUCUACGGCCUCAACGAGAAGGUACCCUUCUCGGAGUUGGAUCGGACCGACCAGCCCGCCAGUCUCUACGCUGCCACCAAGAAAGCCGGCGAAGAAAUCACCCACACGUAUAACCACAUUUACGGCCUCUCGAUUACCGGCUUGAGAUUUUUCACAGUGUACGGUCCCUGGGGGAGACCCGACAUGGCGUACUUCUCUUUCACCCGGAACAUUCUUCAGGGCAAACCGAUCACAAUAUACCGGGGCAAGAACCGGGUCGACUUGGCCCGAGACUUCACCUACAUCGAUGAUAUUGUGAAGGGUUGUUUGGGGUCGUUGGACACUUCUGGAAAGAGCACCGGGUCGGGUGGUAAGAAGAGGGGGCCCGCCCCGUACCGGAUAUUCAAUCUGGGUAACACGUCGCCGGUGACAGUACCGACGCUUGUUAGCAUCCUAGAGAAGCAUUUGAAGAUGAAGGCGAAGAGGAACUACGUGGACAUGCCCGGAAACGGUGACGUCCCGUUCACGCACGCGAACAUCAGCUCGGCCCGAAGAGAACUCGGGUACAAGCCCACGACCGAUUUGCAAACCGGGUUGAAGAAGUUUGUUAGGUGGUACCUCUCGUAUUACGGCUACAACAACGGCAAACCUGUAAAUUAAUUUCUUUUACUUUAAUUUUUUUCCUUUUUUUUUUUUAAUGUUUUUGUUAUUUCCUACGAUUUUCUUUCCCCGAAAAAAGAAACAAAAAAAUGGGAAAAGAAAAAAUCUGGUAAUUCAUGAAAAAAAGAAAAAAAGAACACAUUCUUUA